UUGCUAAGACUUUCCGACAACCUUCCUUCCAUCUUGAAACUUCCUCUCAAGGCACAGGAAGUUCACUGACCAUUGUAAGUGAAUAAAAGCUCACAGGACUCCUCACUCUUCAUUCUCUCCUCCAGAUACCCUCAACCCAACAGCAGCCAUGAAACUCCUUUUGGCUUUCUUCUGCUUCUGUGGUUUCACACUGUUCACAGUGGAAGGUGUGGGAAGUGAAAUCAUGAAAAGAAGUUUUUGUGUGAGUCUCUCAAGCAAGCCCCUGCCUGUCCACUCAGUUAAGAGCUACACCAUCGAAGAAGGUCCAAUGAAAGCAGUGAUUUUUGUCACCCGCAGAGGAUUUAAAAUCUGUGCUGAUCCUGAGGUCAAUUGGGCCAAAACUGUCAUCAGAAGUGUGGACGGCAGACUCAAAAGGAAAAAUAUGAUCCAGACUAAGCCAACAGGAUCACAACCACCUACUGGCAGGACUAUGACCAUGUCUGGAAAGCCAUCAUUAAUGUAGGAGUGUGGAGGAAUGGAGAGAGUGCUGCACUUGAAGUCAUGAAGAUCUGGCUUCAAGUUCUGCCUUAGACUUAUACUAGUUCUGUGACCCCGGGCAAGUCAUUUAACCUAUCUCAAUUUUCUCAUUUAAAGAAUGAGGAUAAUAAUAACUUUAAAAUUUACUUCACAGAGGUGCUGUGAAGAGUGAAAGAGGACAUAUUUUAAGUGCUUUGUAUAUGUGGAAGUACUGUAUAAAUAUAAGUUAUUAUUGUUAGCACCUUGUCUCUCCUGCUGCCUUUCAAAGAAAAUAAAGUAAAUGUAUUCACAUGGAUGGAUCAGAUUGUAUUCACCUUUCUGGGAAGAUUGUAUGUGCUAGAAGACAUUCUGUACUUUUGUGUUUCAUGUUAAUUUUUUCACAUUCAUCUUAGAGUUAUGAUUAAAAU